GUUUGUUUACUUUUGGUAAUAGCAACGAAACAUCCAUGUUUGGAUUUAAUCAAUAACAGGGUUACAAUGACUAACAAAUAUGGGUGUUUAAAUGGACCUUUAACCAGGGAUAGUAGCCUAUCUUUAAACAGAACAUAACUACCUAUAUAAUGGGUGCUGGUGCCUCACAAACAGAGAUUCAAGCAACCAGACGGAAAUCUGAUGUGGUCGCAAAAUCAAAAUUCAGUUCCACAAUCGAAAAAGAGGAUAAUGAAUUAAACAAAAGUGGCAAAAACGUAACCAAAAUUAUAAAAGUCACAACAGCACCCACUGAAAAUUCUGUCAAUUCUACAAACAAUAACACAAUCAAAGACUCAGCAAAUACUAAAACAAGUAUCAGUAGUACUGCCAAUUCCACCACAGUGGAUGGUACAGUAAAUUCUAAUACAAAUAGUACUAAAGAUUCCAGUGGUACUGCUAAUUCCAAUGUUAGUACUGGUACUGCUAAUUCCAACAUGACCACUCAUACUGCAAACUCUAACACUGGUAUGUCUAAUUCUAGUGCUGCAGAUCCUGCUCCGCCAACUAACACUGUUGCUUCAGCCCCUAAACGUGUGACAGUUUUAAAACUAAGUCCAACGAAGGCAGAACCAACACAGGAACAGAUGCAACAAGCACAAGAAUUGGCUUUAAAACGAAUCCGAGAAUUCCUUGCCAAAUCAACGUUAAGCUUAUCAACUUAUAAAUCCAGAUCGACGCAAGAGAUUUCCGAAGAAAUGAUGUUUCAUCGUAAAACUUAUUCAGCCAUGUUUGGUGCACAGUCCGAGUUUGUACAGAGUUAUCGAUUAGAAGUCAGCAAAUUGUUAAUUGCUGAUGGUCGAUUUGUGCCCCUGGUGUGUGAAAUAUCUGUUGAGGCACUUAAAAAAAAGACAUAUUUAAAUGAUGAUGGACAGGUUAUAAAGGAAGUUCAUAAUUUACUCGAAACAUUGUUCAUUUGUACAAUGAAUUACACAGACUGUGCCGAUGUGAUGCGAAGAGCUUUUUGUCAGCAUGAAGAAUUUGUAAAAAUGAUAGCAGACAAAUUAUUGGAAUUAUUUCCAAAACAUAAGGAUGGGACUUUGAUUAAAGAGGAAGAGUCUUAUGUUAAAAGAAUGAUAGGAGUAGCUCAUAACAUGGCCAUAUUAUCUGAGAAUGUUCCAAUUAUGAGGUCACAUGGCUACGUGAAAGCUUGUGAGCCAUAUUUGGACUCUAGUACUGAAUUGCACAAGUUAUCUGCCGUGGCGACAUUGGCUGAUCUGGUUAAUGAAGAUGAGUGUGACAUGUUGAACUCGAAUGAAGGCAGUAUCAAGUUCAUGUUGAAGAAGUUAAGUAACGCCAGUAAACGAGCGAACAGACGGGAUGCCGGGUGGUCAGCUGCAGAACUUGGCAGAACUGUUGGUCGAUUGGCUAGAAAUGAUGGAAACAAGAAACUAUUGGUAGAAUUGGGUUGUCUGCCCUUGCUUUUAACACUGAUUGUCUCCGAGGUCAAGGUUGAACGUGAAGAGGCCAUGGAGUCAUUGUGGGUUUUAGCUUUCGAUGAUGUGAACAAACAGAAAAUGGUGUCUGAGCCCAAUCUAAUUGAAACAAUUGAGAGAAUAGGGAAAACAUCGACUGGUAAAAUGAAAAAAAUGAGUCAGGGUAUAUUUUGGACUUUACAGAAAACACUGCGUAAUGAAGAUCAGUUCAAACAUUUGGUUAAAACAGUUGAGAAGAAGAAAGAAGAAACUAAUAAAAAAUAUAAUAAAGCGAAGGAGGAGAAAGUACGUGGUCAUGUGAUGAUAAGCUACCAAUGGGAUCAUCAAGCUGUUUUAAAACAAGUCAGCAGCAGUCUCCGUGAAAACAGUCAUCAGGUAUGGAUGGAUAUUGACAAUAUGGAAGGAUCAACUUUACAAGCCAUGGCAUCUGCUAUAGAAGGUGCUGAAGCUGUGGUCAUCUGUAUGUCACAAAAAUAUAAAGAUAGUCCAAACUGUCGAGCAGAAGCAGAAUAUGCUUUCCAGUUACGACGUCCAAUUAUCCCUCUUAUUAUGGAGAGAGGUUAUCGACCAGAUGGAUGGCUUGGAUUUAUUCUCGGCGCAAAACUAUUUUAUGAUUUUAGUGGAAAAUAUUCAUUUGAAACCCGUAUAGAUGGUUUAAUGAAAGCUGUUAAACAGGUGUAUGAUCCCAUAGCAGUUGUAGAAGAAGAACCCAAACCAAAUCUGAAGACUGCAACAGCUGAUGAAGUUGAUUCUCCAGUCAUACAGAAACAGUCAGCUGUAUUGGUAAAAUCCAGUAACUCGAAAAAUACUAACCGAGAAGAUACUGACAGGAUUAUGAAAUGGACACCUAAAGAUGUGGCAAAAUGGCUUCAAAAAUAUAAUUUACAAGGAAAUCAAAAAUUGUGUAAAUUAAGUGGAAAAGAAAUAGUUUUCUUGCAAAACUUGAAGGGUGAGGCACCAGAAUGUUUUUAUCGAACUCUUGAAAUAAAACUUGGGAUACAACAACUCAAUCAAUUGGUUGAUUUUACUGAAGCCAUUCAAGAUUUUACAAUAUGAGCCAAUCAAAAACUGUUAUUGCAUUAUCAUUUUUCUCAGGAAUUUAAGUUCUAAUUCCUGUUUAUACACCCACAUUUAUAUGUGGACGCAUAUUAUCGUCACCCCUGCCCAUCCGGACAUCCCUCCACAAUUUGUUUGUGGACACUCAACAGGUCACAAUUCUUAUCCGAAAUAUUGGUUUAUCUCCAAAUGAUAUUGACAUGUAUUGGAUCGGAUCGAAACUUCAUGGCUUAUUAUGCCUGAUUGUACGAAAAAUCACGCUUUAAGCUUGUGUACACUCUAGAGGUUACAGUUUUUAAAUGAAACUUGAAAUGUAUAUUUAUAACACAAAGAUCACGUUUUUAGCUUGUGUACUCUCUAGAGGUUAAAAUUUUUAAAUGAAACUUGAAAUGUAUGAUUAGAACCCGAAGAUCUCAGUUCAUUUUGAUAUUCCCACAUAUCAGACCGCAACUUUCUGGAUUAGGGCCCCUGAUUGUACGAAAAGUCAAAUUUUUGGCCUGUGGUCCACCUAGAGGACACAAUUUACAUCCAAUUUAAAAAACUGUUCAAAUAUAUCACUGUUACACCAUAAUGAUGAUCUAGUUCGAAUUUCACGAAAAUCAGACCGAAACUACCAGACAAAUUGGCCGCUCUAUGUACGCAAAUAGUGUUAAAAUAUGUAAUAUCAAGGUUGUGAAUCCUCUAUAGAGGUCACAAUUUUGAUCCUAUUUUGAUGAAGCUUAAAACAUGUCCAUGUAUUUAUGUCCCAAAGAUCCUGGUUCCUUUCCAUAUUUACGCAUAUCGGGCCAUAAGUUCCUGGAUUAUGGCCCCUGAUUGUACGGAAAAAUAACGAUUUGGUCCCACUGUAGGUCACACAUUUUAUACGAUUGAAUGCAAAUAGUGUAAAAGUAUGUAAUAUGAAGGUUGUGGACUCGCUAGAGAAAACAAUUUUUGUCCAAUUUUGAUAAAACUUAAAAUGUAUGUUUAUUUCCCAGAGAUUUCGAUUCCUUUUGAUAUUCACACAUAUCGGACCAUAACUUCCUGGAUUGUGUCCCCUGAUUGUACAAGAAAAUUGCUUUUUUUAACUUGUUUUCUGUCCAUCUCUUGCAAAAUGUGGGCAUAUCUUGCACAUGGCAACCGCGUGUUAUUUCGUGUUGUGCCAAAAAAUUUGACAUAAUUAAACCCGCUGAUCGUCACUUGAUGGAUUGAAUGCAUUGCAAACUAUAAUGGUGUGGAAAUUGAAUCUCUGAAAGGAUUAUUACUCGAAAAAUGAUUCAAUUACCAGCAGUAUUAUAAACCGAAGCAACAUUCAACAAGCAAACCAGCGCUAACCACUGCAAUAAUCAUUACAUGACAAUUUUAUCAUUAAAUACUACACCAAAUACAAAGUUAAUCAUACCAUUUAAGAAGAUACAUUAUGUAAGAUUUAGAUAAAGUGCUGACCAUUCUUGCCAUAAUAGCUCAAAAAUAAAUACAUGUAAUGUAAAAUGAAAAUAUUGAAAAUUUCAAUCAAAUUACUUCAUUCUGAGCCAAGUUAUCACUGUUUGUAGUUUUGACAAGAUGUGUGCAUAGUGGUAACCAGGUCACUGGUAUAUUCGAGACUUAGCCUCGCUUUCCCAUUUUUAAAUUAUAUUUUUAAAUGGCAAACCGUUCUAAUUUAGUUAAAAUCUAUUAUUUACUGAUGGUUAAAUGGUCAUAGCUUAUUAAGUACAACAUGACCGUUUAUUUAGUGACUAUAAAUGUGCAAAACUGAUUUAAGGCUUGGUAUAUAUAUAAAUAUUGUGGUGUAAUUGUCAAGAUAUUUGAAGAUAUUUAUUUAUGGUGGGGCACCCUACUUAUGAAGUUAUUCAUAUAGCAGGCCAACAAACAAACAUGAUGUUUAAUUUAAAGGGACCAUCCCGUUUUUAACAAUAGAGUCUCAGAAAUAAAAGUAUGUGUACUGGACAUGUAACCCCUUUUCAGAUUUCUGGUCAUUUUUUUUUUGGGGUGACCUGAUAGUCUAUUGCCAUCACCCACCAUUACACUACAUCACCUACGCUCUAUACUUGAUAACGAAAAAAGUCUGGUUUUAUCCAGACACCGUAUAAUACAGCCUGGGACAACAGUCUCCAUUUCCAGAUGAAGACUGACGGGUUUAAUUUGUUCAGUUGCUCGGCCCUAUGGUAGAAGAUUUUAAGGGCCCUUAAAUGUAGGUACUUCAUGGAUCAGAAAUCUAUGUAUAUAUAACAUAUUAUAUGAUUCAUAUAACAAACAAACAACCAUAUCAAAACAAAAAUUAAGUAUUCAUAAUUAUGAUGUUUAAUUUAACCUUAAUUUAUGGAUCAGAAAUCUAUCUGAAUAAAAUAUACUAAAAACAAGAUAUAUUUAUUGGAGGACCACUAAAAUUAUUGGGUUCCAGUGCAGCUGAACUGUUUACUCUGCAAAUCUAAAAGUAUCAGUUACAUACUUUGGAUUUAAUCCAAAUUUGAUACAAUACCUUGGACUCAACCUAGAGGUCAUGAGAGACAAACAGAAGGAAAGGAUUUCAUAAAGAUAUACUCAGUGUUUAUCAGGGUAAACGGUGUAGGUAACACAUUUUAAUAUUUAUCAAUUGGCUCAAAUAACUUUGUAUACUGAUAUACUAUAUUUUGUACAUUAAGAUGUUUUUUUUUAUUUUUGUGGGGAAUUUUUUUCCAAUAUUUUAAUUGUAUGUCUUCUCUGGAUAUAUUUAUCUGGUGUGUUCUUUAUUCCACUAUUGUUUGUUUUGUCUUUGUUUUGUUGGUCAGUCCUGCAUUAAUUAUUUAUUAAUAUAUAGGAGAUGGUUCACCUGAAUGAUGACAGCUACUAGAAUCAACUUUCAAAAACUUUCUCGGCAUGUUCAAUCAAUAAAUUAAACAUUGCGUUCAUGAUGUCACUGGCUGAAUCAAAACUAGCAAUUAUUGGCCAUUGGAAAGGGCAGAAACAUGACUAUCAAUUAUGUUAUACAAAAUAAACUAAUGUGACUGAUUUGCUAAACACAUCAUCAUUUUUGAAACAUGGGGACACCAUAUUGGAAGACUUGUGGCAUUGCUGACAUCAUGAACAGAUACUUUAAUUUGGGUAGUACUGGUACCUGAACAGCAUUACCUAGAAUGUUUUUAAAAGUUGAACCUAUAGUCAAUUUCAACAUUAUCUAUCUUUUGUUUUGUGGAUAUAGAAACAGAGAUGGACUAUCUCCUUUAAUCUAAUUAUGGGCAUUAUAAACACCAAUAACCAUAGUAUAUAAGUUAUAACAAUCAAUAGCCUUUGGACCAGGAACUCAUCUUGUUCUUGUUCUUCUUGGCAUACUACUUCUUUGAACAAUUCUGCAUCGAUUUGGUGAAUUAGAUUUUUUUUUUAAUUUCAUCCAACAUGUGCAGUUCCUGGUCCAUAGUAAGAUGGUACUUUUUGUUUUUAUUUUUUUUUAUUAUGUUGUACUACAUGAACGAUCUAACAAUAUUUCAUUGUAAUUGUUUUAUUUUAUCACAUGAACUUAUGUUGACUAUUCAGAUUGUAUUGGUAUAUUUGGCUUCAUUUUGGUAGGGAAUUAAUAAAUGAAACGAAAUUGUAAUUUAAUAUUGAUAAACAAGUAGGGAAGUGCUUUAGACAAUAUGGUGUAUCUGCUGUAUUUAUAUUUCAUAUUUAGUUAUAUGUUGUGAUAGAAAAUAAAUACUAAAAGCAAUACACAUGAGAAUGUUCAAACUAGUAUUUUAAUUGUUUCUGAAUUGAAACAACCCAUUCAGCUUUAUAAUGAUGUUACUUAGCUUUUCCAAAUGUUGAUGAAUAUAGUCAAAUAGGCACAAAAUCAUUGAGUAUAUAAUAUUGCUCAAAAUAAGACUUGUACAAAACCUUUCUAUUGUUUUACAUUACCAUAAUUCCGUCCACAGGGAGAAGACAGCUCAAAAUACGACUUGUUCAAAGUCCUGUCAUUGCCCUGAAGACAAUACCUGACCUGUAGCCUUCACAUGUUUUCUAAAUACAAGUCAAUUUUAUGAAACAAUACCGAAAUUUACCACAUUUAUUCAAUUUAUUCUCUUACACUAUACAGCCAGACAACAUUUAUUUAAUAAAUACAAGGUUUUGUAUUAAUAUUACUUCCCAUCCAUGGGAUUAAAAAUUCAUGCCAAUGUUUUUUCUCUCAACAAUGAUACCUCUUGUGAUUUUAGUGUCUUUAUGAUUUUCUCUAAUGGGGUUUCUCAUAUAUUUUUAUACGGGUGAAAUAUUUGUGGAAAAUAUUUGUAUAUUGGAUGGUAACGAAAAUUUCAAUAUAAGUUCUGAUAAAUACAGAUUGUCUAAUUUGUAGUUUUUGGGUAUGAGCGAAAUUGUGUUUUAUUAUCCAUGUGGUGAAGACACAGUUGAGUUCAUUUAUAGAUUAAUAUGUUUUAUAUUUUGUUUUUUCUCAUUUACUUUCAUGCUUUUCAACAACAUAUUGAUUUUUACCUAUUUAUUUACAAUGACAUGCAUGAAACUGUGAUAUAUUUCGACCCAUCUAUUUUAUGUUAUUAAAAGAGAAAUAUAUUGUUAUUAAUAAAAUUUUGUUU